GGUCACCCAUAAUAUUUCUUUAUCAGAUGAUACCCCUGUUAAACAACCGUAUCGUCGGAUUCCACUAGCGUUUUACAGAGAAGUACAGGACCAUUUACAAGGGUUGUCAGAGAAACAAAUUAUUAGAGAAAGUUCCAGCCCUUGGGCAUCCCCUAUUGUGUUAGUAAGAAAGAAAGAUGGUACCCUUAGACUGUGU